UUGUAGCCAGCUGGGAGCUAAUGAGUAGGGUUAAGGAGAUCUCACCUGGCAGCGUAAAGACGAUUAAAAACGAUUUUUCCUGUUAUAUCAGGCAAGACUUGUCAAGUGGGUCAGACAUGUCUGCGACUGCGACCAGCGACAGCCGCCCAGGUGGCCCCGAGAGUGACGCAAAGUCCUCACAGACAAGCGCAACAACGGAGUACUGCGCAGAGUUGCAGCGGUGGAUGUGGCAGUAUCACUGGGGUCACGCCAGCUGGCAGAGCUGGUUGGCUCUGUCCGCCUUCCCCUUCACCCCUCCGUGUGGUUACCCCACGCCGGGGACAAGCGAGCAGACUCCGGGUACUCCUGCGUCGACCUCCGGCAGCGGGCAGCAGGCUUUUGACGCUCUGAGCCGGUACAGUUACCCGUACCCCGUCGGUUUCCCUGCGUCCUACCCUCACCCAGGUGGCCCCCACACGGAGCAGACCUCAGCUACGGAUGCCCGGACAGCCCAGCUGCAGAACGGGAAUCCACCUCAGCCAGGUCGGGAGUACACCAUCCCCUCUCCUCUCCAGAGGUUCCUAGCUGAGACAGUGGACUUCUUUAUCCUGUUUUGUGUGAAAGCCACCAUUGUGCUGUGGAUCAUGCAUCUGAGUGGAAUGAAGGACAUCGCCAAAUUCAUCACCCACUUCAUUGUGGAGGAGAUAGACGAGAACACGUCCAUGGAGGACCUGCAGAAGAUGAUGGCUGUAGCUCUGGUCUACAGGGUGCUGGUCUGCGUCUACGAGACCAUUUGUAUUUGGGGUGCUGGUGGUGCCACACCAGGGAAGUUCCUGCUCGGCCUGCGGGUGGUGACGUGUGACACAUCCACUCUGGUCCGACCAAACAGAGUCCUUGUAGUCCCAGCAUCCAAAGUCUCCCUCUCUGCCUCUACAGUGCGGGCCCUUAAUAAGAACUUCUCCAUUGCGUUCCUCUUUCCCGUCUUCAUCACGCUCCUCUUCUUCCAGCACAACAGGACUGUGUAUGACAUUGUGGCAGGGACCAUUGUUGUCCAGCGCAGAGGGGGCAGAUAGCCUCUCUUCAGGCAGCAGACUCUCUUACACUUGACCGGUUUAAUGAAAAAGGUGCUACAGGCCCAUGGGUGCUGAGUGUCUUAAAGUUAAACCAGUCACAAAUGAACUACUGUUGAGAGAGAGAAAAGCGAUGCACUGGCCCAUUUUUCUUCACUGGAUCAAACAAGGACUUAAACUGCACUUUAAAAUAUGAUGCAUACGGGUUUAGGCCUGGUUUCGUUGGAUUCAAAAGAAUCCAGCUUUACAUCUUUUGGUGUUGGAUUUUUAUUUGUUUUACCACUGAAUCAACAAAUAAGCUGUCAGAAAACCCUCUAAAGUAUUGUGAUUUUUGAUAAGUGCAAAAUAUGUUCAGCUGAAAAGGGUGCGGUCCUGUUUCGGGGAUAUCUCGAGACUUUUCAUCAUGAUUUUAAUCUGUAUAAUAUAUAUAUGCUCUGUCAUAAUAUCCUGCUUAUUUAUUUUUGCGAAGCUCAAAGUCCUUUUGUGUAGAACUCAUUCUUCUUCUUUUACAAACAGAAACAUAUGACAUCAGAACAAUUUUACACAUUUUUAUAAUCACAACAGUUUUACACAUAAGGGCUUUAAAUUAAGAGUAAACAUUAUUGGGUUCUAUAAACAGCAUUUUCUUAUAUGCAUUGUUCUUUUCUUUAAGGUAAUAAUAGUGAAUUAAAUAUUUGGUUUGCUAAUGGUUCUUCAUUUUGCAUUUUAAUUAUUGUUAGGCACUCAGACUGAAGAAAAAAAUAAUGCCUGGCUUAUUUGUUUCCAUUCUUUGUGCCUUUUAGAUAUUCUGCUGAACAAGUAUUGUUUUGUUAUUUGAAAUGUGACUAUUUUUUUUUCUCCCUGGUGUAUGAGGUUCAAACAGAAGAAAUUGUGUUUGUGAAUUCCCUGCUCAUACUUUCUGUCUUUAGACUUGUAAUUCUUGUGACUCAGGGCAACUGUUUUGCAUAACAGAACCACUGAUUGUAUGAACUGCACUAUUGAAUGGCACUGCUCAUGAUUUCUCCUUAAUAUGCAUUAUGUAAAACUCUUCUGGUGUCAAUCAUUGUCAAUGAUUUAUUCUCAUGCUAAAAUGUUAGCGAGGCAGUCCAGUUCAACGUUUAGUUAAAUCCACAGUAUGGCUACUGAUUAAUAUACUGGCACAUGAUUUAUGUGAAAUGUUGAGGCUGCAAUCGUAUUUGGUACAUGGUCUCAAAUAUCCAUGUCUUGAAAGACAAUCUAAUUCAAAUAUUUGAUCAAAAAACUAAUCGUUUUGCACACAAUAUCACCGUAUACCAGGCACAUUUUGAUAAAAGCUAAGCAAAACAAAAAAAACACCUGUCGAUCUAGCAUUUACAAAAUGACACCGAAUACCACAGGAAGUUUUUGAAGAUUA